AUGCGAGCGAGUCUACUGGUGUCGAGAAGUUUGAAUACGUCAACACCGUCUUUGAGGAUAAUAUGUCGUUCAGGUAUCCCACGGUUAGGGGGUUCGAUCAAGCCGAAAAUCCCUCGAUCGAGCGGACCGUCCAUUUCGGCAAAAUCUCAUAGUAGUCAAGCCAGUACAUCCAAUCAAGCGAGACAUGCUCACGCCAACGCUCAACUACCGGCUCCCACCGAUCUACUGGAGCUAUAUCGAGGUCUGGUAGCGAGUGGUAGACUGAAAUGGGAUGAUGAACAGGUCCGAUGCGUUAUGAAGCUCCGACAACUCUUGGCUACUCUCGAAGACUACUCACCUCCGAUUGAUCUUGUCGCCAAGCUCACACCUUCAGCGCCGUUCAUUGCGCAAGAUGUCAAGCGGAAGUCCAGCUGGCUCAAAGGGAAAGAGAAGGCUGGGGAAUAUCUAGGGAUCGAAGUCGACUCGGGGGAUGAGGAGAAGAAGCUGGUCAAGGUGCUGAGCGGAGAGGAAGAGCUUGCCAAUCUCACAACGCCUAAAGGCAUACUCUUGACUGGUCCUCCAGGGACCGGUAAAUCACUACUCCUGUCACUCUUCUUUCAACUCUUACCACUGCCCAAGCGUCGAGUUCACUACCACGCAUUCACUCUUUCACUAUAUAGACAAGUCUUCUUAGAGCUCGAAAGGAGAAAGAACGCACCGUCGAUAGUGGAAGAACUGAUGCGAAAGACGGAGAAUAUGGAGUUGGCAAACAAGAAAGGCUGGAGAGCUGUCUUCGCAAAUGGCAGAUGGGAUGAAGAGGGGAAUGAAAGAUUAUGGGCGAAAGAUGAAGGAAUGGCAUUUAUCAGUGAGUAA